AGUGAGAACAUCAUUUUCCAUUGACAACAAGAAGGUAAGAAAAGGAGAGAAAAAAAAAAGGGGGAUAAAAAAACUGUGAAGAGAAAGAAAGAGCAGAACCAGAGAGAGAGAGAGAGAGAGAGAGAGGGACUUGAGCUAAGCCUAUCUUUGCUCUGUUUGAGAAUUGAAGAAUAACCAUGGCAUUUGCAGGCACAACCCAGAAAUGCAUGGCCUGUGACAAGACUGUCUAUUUAGUCGACAAGCUAACUGCCGAUAACCGGGUUUAUCACAAGGCCUGUUUCAGAUGCCAUCACUGCAAGGGAACACUCAAGCUCAGCAACUACAAUUCCUUUGAGGGGGUUCUGUACUGCAGGCCACACUUUGAUCAACUCUUCAAGAGAACUGGUAGUCUGGACAAGAGCUUUGAAGGGACACCAAAAAUCGCAAAACCAGAGAAACCUGUCGACAAUGAGAAACCUCUGGCGAAUAAAGUCUCAACCAUGUUUGGCGGAACAAGAGAGAAAUGUGUAGGCUGUAAGAAUACAGUCUAUCCGACAGAAAGGGUUACGGUGAAUGGAAGUGCGUACCAUAGGAGUUGCUUCAAAUGCAGCCAUGGAGGGUGCGUGAUCAGCCCGUCCAACUACAUUGCACAUGAGGGCCGGCUUUACUGCAAGCACCACCAUGCUCAACUGAUUAGGGAGAAGGGAAAUUUAAGCCAGCUCGAGAACAACAAUGAGAAGGAUCCAGCAGAGAGAGUUGAAGUCAGAGAAGUUGCUACCGAGUCAUGAUGUGCUGAAGGAAGCGUGCGGAUCCUUUUCUCCAUCUGUGGUAUUGUGGUUUUCUGCUGUCUGCAUUAAUGCCGCUCCUUUGCCGGUCUACCGUUUCCCUGCAGUCGAGGAUGGUUUACACUGCCAAGCCAAUGGAACUUUUAACAUUUCCCGUUUGUGUUUGAGACAUUUUGCAUGCUAUCUCGGGUACUCUGAUAUAUGCCAUAUGAAAAGUUAUGUACCGGUUCUGUUUGUCAAUUCCUACUUUCUUCACUCUUCAGUGGGUUUUGAACAA